AUGGGCUCACUCAGCAAGGCGAACAUGUCAGCAACGGGUGACUUUAGUGACGAGGGAAGUGAGGAAACGGGAUGGAACUCCUCCAGUACAUCGAGCGAAGAGAGCCCAUUGGCAGUUACGCCAUCUGCCCGUGAACGAUGGAGAAGUUGGGGGGCUGGGGUGCCCUUCCGCAGACUACGACUACCGAGGCUGAGCAAUCCGAAUCAUACGAUACGAAAGAGGAGAUGGCAGUGGUGCAAGUAUAUUCUGAUGGUUGUUGGUUUGUUGGCGGUCUUUGGUAUCAUCGUAGGAUUCGUGUACAUAUUCCUUGUUGCCGCCCUCAUUCAUGAGCUUGCUCCUCCACCAAAUCAUAGCGGUCUUCAACACAUCGUUGAGAGCUGGACGCUGCCGGAUACGAAUGGUGCUCACGAACUCACUUGGCGAGACGACUUCAGCCGCGACAUCGUGCCCAAGAAAUGUCAUUCACAUAAUGAUUACUGGCGAUCUGUGCCGCUCUAUAGUGCACUUGCAGCGGGGUGUACAAGCGUCGAAGCAGAUGUAUGGCUGGCGGAGAAUGGAGAGCUGCUUGUGAGCCAUUCCUUGGAAACGACUACACAAUUGCGGACAUUGAAAACUCUUUACCUCGAUCCAAUAGCGUGGAUCUUUACCAAACGGAAUAUCUCCCAGGCAUCUGUCCAUAAAAGAGAAAUUGGUAUUUUCGAUGCAGACUCGGACGCCUCCGUCAUUCUGCUGGUUGACUUCAAGAAUGACGGCCAUGCAAUCUGGCACACGCUCAUGGCACAGCUCCAGCCUCUCCGCGAUAAGAACUGGCUUACGUACUACGAUGGCAAGGACAUGUAUCGUGGACCGCUCACUAUCGUCGGCACAGGCAACACACCUCUAGAGUUAGUCCAGUCGAACACCACGAAUCGCUUUGUUUUCUUCGAUGCCCCGCUUCUUUCUGUGAUUUCUGGAAACACUAACACUACUUUUGACUUGACCAACUCGUACUACGCCAGUGUCAGUUUGAAAGAAGCCAUCGGCAAGAUCUGGUUUAAUCGACUGAGCGCGGAGCAAGAGAAGACUCUGAAGACCCAGAUUGGAAUGGUGAAAGGGACGGGGUUACAGAGCAGAUACUGGGAUACUCCUGGUUGGCCGAUAAGUGUGAGGGACAUGUUAUGGUUCAAGCUCACGGAACUAGGGGUGGGAGUACUUAACGUUGAUGACCUAGUGUCUGCAACUAAGUGGAAUUGGCAUAAGUGUAUUAUCGCAGGUCUAACCCUCUGCUAA